AUGUGGUUAGUUGCGAAAAACAGUUCCCUUUUGUCGCCUGAUCUGACGCUGAUCAUUUUGCAUAUUUCCUUAAGAAAUUUAAGGGUGUUGGGGUCCAUCGGGCCAAGAACCUCGAUGCAUAUUAGCAAGAAUUCCAUCGAGGGGAGGGCGUUCCCAUAUUUUUUUCAUUUUUUCAUCUUCUCUGGCCGCGGCCAAACCGCAUUCUUUACUUGUCAGGUUUACGUAUCGUUCGGCGAGGGUGCCAGGGACCGUAACAUCCCACGCCAAACAUCUGCCGGCUCUCCAAGGGCGGUGCGCAGGGCUCCGUCAAAUUCGCCCAAUUUAGAAGGGUCAAUGUGUUUAGAUGUACGCAGGAAGUACAUCAAUUUGGGCAAACUGAGGGCAUUGAAUAAAAGUUAUGAAGUUGAAUAUGCGGAGACCGAAUAA